CGAAGGCGAUCGGCGGCCGGAACAAGCAGCCGCUGCCGGCGAUCGCACGUGCGACCAUCGUGCGUUGGCCGGCGGCGGUGGGUUCUCUGGCGCUGAUGCUGAGCUUACGAAACGGCGAGAGCCGAGGAAACAGCACUACGAAGGGCGGUCAAGGGCGCGACAACACCGUCGCAAACGUCACCGCGCCAUGGAUCUCAAGAGCUACCAGUUGUCCAUCUUCACGACCAUGUUUUUCGGCUACGCCUUCUACGCGUACAACCGAAAAUGCGUUUCUUUCGCGCUUCCCGAGUUGAUGGAAGAGGGUUUGACCAAGGAGCAGGCAGGCAUGAUCAUCAGCAGCCAGAAUUUGGCCUAUGCUGGCAGCAAGUUCAUGGGUGGUGUGCUCUCUGACCGCCUCAGUGCCCGCCUGCUGUUCACCUGUGGCCUCCUCAUCAGCGGUGUAGCCACCUUGCUGUUUGGCACUUCGCCUAACUCUGUGCUGCUGUUUUGUGGAUUCUGGUUCCUCAACGGACUGGCCCAGGGUUGUGGCUGGCCAUCGUGCGCGAAGAUCCUUAGGAAGUGGUUCGCACCAUCUCAGUUUGGGACCUGGUGGAGUGUCCUCUCGGCAUCUGCAAACAUAUCGGGCGGAGUGGCUCCGUUUCUCUCUGCAUUCCUUAUCUUGAACUAUGGCUGGCGCUUUAGCCUGACAAUAGCUGGAACCUUGUCAAUCGCCAUGGGGGCUGUCGCCUUUCUUACACUGGUCAACUCCCCGACUGACGUCGGUCUAGAAGCGCAAGAUGUGGCUGGCAAGAAGACCGCCACAGCUGAGAAGGAUGCAGCUAGCAAAGGAGGGUCCCAAACGCCGGCGGCCGACGACCGUAGCUCAGCGACCGUUUGGGACUUGGUUGCCAGUCCGUUCCUGUGGCUCGUGUCGUUCAGCUACCUGGUCGUAUUCUGCGCUAAGACGAGCGCUGUCGACUGGGGCCAGCUGUACGUUAUGGAAGACCUGGGACACUCGCAGUACGUAGGCAGUGCCCUGACAAGCAGCAUAGAGUCUGGUGGGUUCUUUGGAGGCAUUCUGGCAGGCUACCUCACUGACUGGUUUCUGCACUGGCAUGUCAAAAAGGGCAGCAAAAGUAAUGCGAACCCUAGAAUACCUGUUGCGGUACUCUUCAUGGCUGGGGCAGCUGGCUGUUUCCACCUUUUGUGCUUCAAUGUAGGAAAGGAAUCCUCGGAGCUGUGGAUAUCUGGCAUUGGCCUGGUUCUGGGUGCCUGCCUCUACGGACCGAUUGCCAUCUUUGGUGUCGCUGCUUCGGAGUCUGCACCGGCCCACCUGUCGGGAACAUCACAUGCCAUUGUUGCACUUGCAGCAAGCAUUGGCGCCGUAAUUUCCGGGCUUCCAUUCAGUAUUGUCGCCAACCGUUACAACUGGGGCGCUGUCUUCAUCCUCCUGGAGGCGUUGUGCGGUGUCACGUCUGUGGUGCUCUUCGCUGGGAUGAACUUCAACGCGAAAAUGGGAGUGUCGAGACCAAAGAAGGACUAAGUGGCGUUGGUCAUCACUCCCACGAUCCGCCUACUCAUUCCUUAACUUCAGCGUACAAACCUCGUUGUCAUCGCAUCAUUUUCUAUUUAGAAAUAUCAAGCGAUGACAAACAUUCAGCUUGGAGACUAUCAUAUCAUAGUGUGAGAGGACGGAGAGGCGCUGUUCUGGAUUUUAUGAUUUUUCUUUUAAUCCUUGGAAAGAUGCCCAAAUCUACAAAUGCAGUGACUAAGAGACAAGAAUUUAAAACACACAGGUGUCUUUGUGGUUAGACAUGACAAUACCUCCCUUCGCCCGAAAAACUCCUUCAGUAUCCUAAAUCAAUGUUAUAGCAAAGGUACCUGCCACAGAUCAGGACUUAUUGAGGAGGAUGAUUACGUCUACUUACGUCUUGUGUUGUUCGUCUGCAUUGUAGAUAACCUCACAGUGUUUUCUUUAAAAUGUAUUUUGCUUCCUGCCAGUGCACCAGGGAAAACUCUUGUCUUUUCUCUAUUUCAGUUUCGAUAUGCAAGAAAUGUCAACUUGAAUACCUUUAGAAUGAGUAUUACCUACACUUACCGUGAUCCCAUUAAAAUGAGUCUUCACCUGAUCCAACUGAGUAUGUAACGUAAUAUACGGGAAGGACUAUUGCGAUUGGUGCACUGAAUUAGCAGAAACGGUGUCGCAUCCAUCUUUGUGCCACAUUUUUUCUCCGUGUUUUUACCUUGAACCAUUUGAUCAUACCCCGUGACAAGUUUAAACAGUGUUAGCUCUAUGAAUAGAAGUGCUACUUAGACGUACAUGUUUGUUGUAGGCUGUACAGCAGGCCUCUAGUUAUGAUUUAUCAUUCCUUUGGGAAGCUAUAAUGUGGUAUAUUUUAUGGGGCAUUAGGCAAGGCAUUCUUGAAGGCCUCUCUUUACUAUACUUUGUUUUUUUUUUCUAUUGAGCAUUGAUAUAACUUCGAACUGCGCAGGUCUGCGCAGACCUUUUGUGGAGUUGAGCUCGUUGAGCGCUUCUUUCUACGAGUCAUUUUAAUUCGUUAUAGAUGAUGUAUAUUGUACUUUUUGAUAAAAAUAAAGGUGACAUGCAUAUCACUCAACUAUGUAAUCAA